CCCCCUUCCCUCCCCUCCCCCGCAGCGCCGCCGGACCCGCCCUCGGGGUGGGCAGGGGGAGCCGCCCCCGGCGGGGCUGCGGGGGGGCGGUGCGGCCCCCCGGGAAGGCAGGGCGAUCGCCCAGCGGUCGCUGGCGCAGCCCUUCCCGGUGCCCGGCGCGGCCCCGCGGCGAAGGGCCGGUCGCGGCGGGCAGGCGGGGGCUUGCCCCCCCCCCCGCCCAAAGCGGGGCAGGCAGCGGCGGCGGAGCGCGGGGCUUCCCCCGCGGCUCCCGCCGCUCCCCCGCUUCCUUCCCUGCUUCCGCUCGGUGUCCCUGGCCCAGGUGGUUUGGAUUACAGAGACAUUCCUGGAUGUUUGCAGCCUUUUGCUUCGGCUGGUAGGGGGAUAAAAAAAAAGCCUGAAACCGAUCUGCAGCUUUUGUUUCCUGCGAAGGGGGAGGAAUAUCGGACGCUGUUCUGGGAUUAUUUGUCCACACGCUUCAUCCUCAAAAGUCUUCUGAAACAAUCAGUAGACGUCUGAGAAGCGAAUUGGGAAUCUGAAGUCGUGAGCUUUUUCUUUCUACUGGUGCUGAGCACCUCACCCUUGGACGCUUUUGUCCACAUGGCAUGGAUACGUGGCUAAAAUUAUCAAGUUCUGAAUACCUCAGCUCACAAAAUAAAGUGCUUUCUUGUUUUUAGACAUUUUCUUCUUCUAGGCAGCGUUCUGUCUGAGUCAUAGGCAUAACCAGUUUUGUUAACUGGCUCCUGGUUAAACGCAGCCUGAGUCACGGUGUAGACAUUGCUGACAAGUUUCAUGGCAGAUAUUUUUUCCCUUGUCUUAUCUUUUAGAUUUUCUGACAUAGCCUUCUGUCAUUUUGGAGUGAGACCUAUUUUCUAAAUGAAGAAUCUAAUAGAUGUUUGUUUAUCAUUUUUUCUUUUAUAUUUUAUUUAAUAUUUUGUUGAAAAAUGUUGUUGCCAAUAAGCAGUAUGGAGGUAUCCAGAUAGCUGUUGUUUACAAAUGCCUCUGUUACCCGAAGCUAGGAUGUUCCACAGUUCAGAUGUGAAAUUUGGAGUUUUGGCUUCACAGUUUGAGGUGUAAAAAGUGUAUUUAUUUCACCUGGAGCUCAUGCUUCUUAUAGUGAUAUGUACAUGGAAUAGACAAAAGAAGAAGCUGUCAGAGAAAAAAAAAGCUUUUUGAGACAGUGUUGGCAAUUUUUGGAAAUAGCCUUGUGGAAUCUGUUAGCAAGAAGGAUGGGUAGCUGAUUUCUGUGGUGUCAAAUCUAUGUCAAACAGCUACGAAUGUAGUUUCAACAAGAACUUGGGAUAUUAUCUCAAGGAAAACAAACUGGAAGGAUAUAAAUCACACAGUACUAACACCUUGUGCAGUCCUCUUGGAUUAGGUUUGUGUUCAGCUGAAUUGCUACUGCCUCAAAGAAAAUUAGGAUGGACAGAACAACUUAAUUCAAAAGGACUUGCCAUGAGGUGCUGAAGCCUUCUUUCAUUGAUUCGGAAAGACUGGACCUAAAUGGCGCAGCAUGACUUUGCUCCAGCCUGGCUUAAUUUUCCUACUCCACCAUCAUCAACAAAGUCAUCACUGAACUUACAGAAACAUGCUGAAAACCUUUCAUGGACAGAGAAUCAUUAUGAAGUAAAUCGCAGAAGACACAACUCUUCAGAUGGAUUUGUUCCUAACAUUGGACGGCCUAAUGGAGGGCAUUUUGGGAGAAAAGAGAAGAAUGGUUGGCGUUCACAAGGCAGAAAUGGUGCAGAAAAUAUAAGCCAUCAUGGUGGGUACCAUGGCAGAGGUCCCCGUGCUCGUACCAGUACUUUCUACUGUGGAAAAGGCCAAGGACUGCAUGAAGACAAUGAAACUGGGAAAAAGGAAGACAAAGAAGGGCCGAAACAGUUUGAGGCUGAGGAUUUUGACAGUUCAUGUAAUGGUCAUCACUGCCUGAGUUGUUUUGUUGGAGAAGAGAAACAACCGUCUUUGAACCCAGAAUAUGAGAGGGAAUCAAACCAGAAUAAAUCUCUAACUGCAAGUGUGUGGGAGUAUCCUUUGAAUCCCAAAUUUAGAUCUCAGAGAAUGCUGGUCAUUAAAAAGGGCAGCACAAAAGAACUGCAGAUAUCUGGAUUCCCAGUAGUAGGAAGUCAUCGUUCACAGCCAGUAAGGAAUGGAACUGGCACAAGUGUUUAUAAAGCAUUAUUCCCUAAACCUGUGACUCCACCCGCAAAGCCUACACAGUGGAAAAGCAAAGCAAAAGAAAACAAAUUUGGGAAUCCAUUUCCUCAUGACUCUGCAUAUGGUGUUAGCAAUUUCAGUCCUUUCAAAUCAACUGCCAAGGCGUUUACUGUAUCACAAUAUUCAGUGAAAGAGUGUAAUCGGUCAAAUUCUUCAUCCCCUGUUGACAAAGUUGGUCAGCCUCGUUUAACAAAAUUGACAAGAAUGCGGACUGAUAAGAAGAGUGAAUUUUUGAAAGCAUUGAAACGAGAUAGAGCGCCAGAAGAACAUGAAGACAAGAAUCAUACUGGGCAAGAGAAGGAUGAUGACUCCUUUAACCUGCAUAACAAAAAAAGUCCUCAUCAUGAGAGAGAGAUAAAUCGAAACUUUGAAAAUGAAAUUCCACAGGAGAAUGGCAAUGCUUCAGUUACAUCUCAACCGAUCAUUCAAUCUUCAGCUUUCCCUCAGGCAGAUGCUCUUUCAAUCUCACUCGAGGCAGAGCAUAGGUUAUUAAAGGAGAUGGGCUGGCAGGAAGACAAUGAAAAUGAUGAAACAUGUGCUCCACUAACAGAGGAUGAGAUGAGGGAGUUCCGAGUCAUUAGUGAACAGUUACAAAAAAAUGGCCUUCGGAAAAACAACAUUUUGAAAAAUGGCUUUUUCUGUGACUUCAAAUUUGGGCCCUGGAAAAACAGCACUUUCAAACCAGCUCUGGAGAAUGAGGAUUCUGAGACGACCAGCAGUGAUACAUCAGAUGAUGAUGAUGUGUGAAGACUCCUGUAACAUUUGUAGAAGCCUCUUUUGAUCUCAUUAAAAUAUGGGGAUGUGUUGUCCUAAAAAAAUUUCUAAUUUAUAUAGUAACAUAAAUACUAGAGGAAGGAUGAUGGGUAUUUUCACUGAAGAAAGCAAGGGAUGUUGUGCUGGGUUUGUUGAAUAUUACUAUAACUUCUUUGUAAAUGAAUGUUCUAGAAUGAGGGCUUGGGUUGACCCAGUAUCAACUUCUUCAUCACUGAAGCAUUUCUGACUAGCAAUGUGACAAUGUAACAAACCACACUUUGUCAUUUAAUAAUAAAAACAAAAAAUUGCGCAAUG